AUGGAUGGAAUAUCCUCGGCUGCGAGCGUUAUCGCGGUUAUUCAACUGACAGGAAGCCUCGACCUGCAGAAAUUUCUUAUGGGUAACGACGGAAAGACCCUAUCUACCUCCUUACGACUAGCAAAUACUAUUACCAAUUGCCUCUCCGACCUCCAGGGUUUAGAAAUAAAACUUGAUCCAGGAAAGGGAAAGAAGCUGAUAAGAAAGGGUUUGAGUCAUUCUCCAAUCGGAACGAAGCCCAAUGUCUCUAAGGCACUAGAACCGAGCUCCUUCAGAAGAUCACAGACUAGGCUUUAUCACUAUCUUAUAAAAAAUGCAUUUUCUGUAAGGUCGCUUAAGGACACCAACUAUUUAGGCGCCAGCUUCUUCUUCAAGAGGGGUGAAGGGGACCGAGGUAACACAAGGAAGUUUUUUCCGACAUUAAUAAGGCAAUUAAUUUUCAGGAUCCCUAGGCUAAGAGCUAGCGUACAAAAGGCAUUCGAUAAGGACCCUAAAAUUGCGAUAAAAUCGCUUAAGGAGGUGAAAGCAAUUCACCUUCGUAUCUUCUUAACCAAUAGGCCUGAACUCCUAAUCAACCUUGGCUUUUUAGAGAUUGCAAAUCAUAAAUAUCAGGACCUAGCUCUUUAUAAGAUACCAGAAGAAGAAACAGAGCACGAUAUAUUUUUAUUCCUAUAG